AAUUGUGUUUGUAGCGGUUGCACCCGAGUUAAGAGCCGCAUGGCUCAAAGGGCUAUGCCUAAUAAAUGAAACUUGAAAGGUCUGGUGAGGGGUCAGGUGAGCUUGAUGGGCGGUCAAUGUCUGGUGAGAUUGGUGAGGGGCCAGGUGAUUUUGGUGAGUGGUAAAUGUCUGGUGAGUUUGGUGAUUGGUGAGGGUCGGGCCUAAUUCCCCGCCCCUCACUCCAACGACGACGGAGGGAAAAACUCCCUCUGUUCUGACAAGGCCGGCUGGCGGCACGCGAUUGGUGGAGGUGCGCGCCACGUGAUGCGGGAUCGAGGGCGGAGGAGGGAAGAAGAUGGCCGACACGGCGGAGCUCAAGCACAUGGUGAUGAGCUUCAGGGUGUCGGAGCUGCAGGUUCUGCUGGGCUACAUAGGGCGGAGCCGCACAGGGCGCAAGCACGAGCUCAUGACGACUGCCCUCCAGGUGCUCAAGUCUGGCUGCAGCGCCGCUGUGCAGAUCAAGAUUCGGGAGCUCUACCAAGUAAUCAUUCGCAAGCAGCGCCGAUACCCCGGCAAAGCGAUGUCGCCGUCGGAGUUUGCUACGGUGGUAGACUCCUCACCGCCGCCACGACCGCAGACGCUAUCGUCGCCCACAGCACUGCUCUACCACCAUUCGGCAAGCUCCUCACAGGCGCCCGCUGCUAAAAUUCCUCCCGCAGCCUCAGGGCCCAUCCCUCUGCUGUCGGUGCGUGCCAAGCAGGAUGCUGACAUGAGUCACCGAUCACCCCCGCGCCUUCCUGCGCCGCCCGACGUGCGGCUCACUAAGCUGCCCUUUUACGAUGUACUCGACGAAAUCAUGAAACCGACUGGCCUGGUUGCCACCAGCACGCAGCGCAUGCAAGAGGCGUACUUUGUGUUCCCUCUCACGCCACAACAAGUCUCUCAGAUAUCCUCGUCUAGGGAGCUGCUGCCAGGUUCACGCUACGACUACUCGGUACAGCUGCAGCUGAGGUUCUGCCUCUCGGAGACGAGCUGCCCACAGGAGGACCACUUCCCCCUCAACGUGUGCGUCAAGGUCAACGGGAAGCCCUGCCCGCUGCCGGGCUGCUUGCCACCCCAGAAGAACGGCGUGGAGCCCAAGAGGUCAAGCCGCGCGGUCAACAUGACGUCGCUCGUGCGGCUCACACCCUCCGUGCCCAACCACAUCACCGUGUCCUGGUCUACGGACUUCGGCAGGAGCUACUCGCUGGCCGUGCACCUGGUGAAGCAGCUGUCAUCGGCCGUGUUGCUCAACAGGCUCAAGGCGAAGGGCAUCCGCAACUCGGACCACUCGCGCGCCCUCAUCAAGGAGAAGCUGACUGCUGAUCCCGACAGCGAGAUUGCCACCACCAGCCUUAGGGUGUCCCUGCUGUGUCCGCUCGGCAAGAUGAGGCUGAGCCUGCCAUGCCGGGCGCUCACCUGCACGCACCUGCAGUGCUUCGACGCCGCAUUGUACCUGCAGAUGAAUGAGAAGAAACCCACGUGGGUUUGCCCUGUAUGCGACAAGAAGGCACCCUACGACGGGCUAAUCAUCGACGGGCUGUUUGUGGAGAUUCUCAACUCUUGCACGGACGCAGAUGAGAUCCAAUUUCGGCAGGAUGGGCUGUGGAGUCCAAUGAAGCCCAAGAAGGAGAGCAAGGAGCGAACAGUGGCGACCAUGCACCGCUCCAAUGCUGAUAGUAUGAGUGGCUACGGCAGCUCGGGUUACUCUGCAUUGGCGGCGUCGGCAUCGCAACCAAGCCGCGCGGGCAGCAAGCGUGCCGAGGUCAUCGACCUCACAGUGGGAAGCUCCGACGACUCAUCAGACGCCAGCGAGCGAGACGACGAUGACGACGACGAUGACGACUCAUCUCCCUCACCUCCACCGCCGCCACCUACAAAAAAGUUCUGCACGAGCGCCAUCAUGGAGCUGCCCGGGAAAGGGGUGCUGAACCUGCACCGCUCCAGUGUGUCCCCCAUGGUGUCGAGUUACCUGCCCACGUCACUGGCGGACUUCACCUCCUACUCCAUGUCCACCAUGCCCCCAGACAUGCCCACCCUGGAUUUGUACUCCAUCUUGCAGACGGAUAGUCAGUUCGGCAGCGGAGUGUACCUGGACAAUCCGUCGUCAAACGCAGCUGCGCUCACCACAUCCACCAUGACGUCCACCACCUCCAGCCGCUUGCAGGAGCCACACCCUCCCAGUACUGCUGCCACGGUGGCUGCCAGGGCCUAUCCAGAUGUCAUCUCACUCGACUGACUAUCCAUGAAGCAGGGGAGAGGCUGUGCCAGUCAACUGUGCUUAUAAUGCAGCAGCCUCCACGGACCUUGGGGUUGAUAUUCGAGAAGAUUCAAAUUGGACACUGGCUUCACCAACACUUCGGUUCAAGUUAUCAAACCAGUCCUGGGCAUGUGGGGUGUCAAGACCACCAAAAAAAUGUAUUUUGGGCUAGAUUGCAUAAAUAGAUCUAUAUCACACUUUUCAUCAAGGAUCUCAAAGCAAUAUACAAGACAGAAGCACACACUCAGCAUAUUAAAUGCAUUUUAAGAAUAAUUUACUAAAACGAAAAGUUUAAGAAGUGUAUAGGUUUUUAAGGAACAUUUGAAAAUGUCCACUCUGAUCCUGAAAUUUAAUUGAGGAGCCUUCUAUAGCCUGGGGGCUACAUGGGAAAAAGCUGUCACCCAGACCAAAACCUAAACCUGGCAAUGCAGAGAUCGCCAGAUCUUAGUGACCGUUGAGGGGACAUGGGUGCAGCAUGUCAAUGUAGGCGGGGCAAGAUGGUUCAGGGAAGCCAAAACUGGUGUCGCAGCACUUUAGCCACACCACGGAGUAAGACAUUAAAAGUCUGAUAUGACAGCAUGGACCACCUUUUCUGCAUGGGAGGCAGGGAAGGGAUAGGAUAGAUUCUGAAGAUAGAAAAUGAAGUGAUCUUUUUAACGAGCCUUGAAGCACAUGGGAUCACAGAUGACCCCUAGAUUUGUAAUUUCCUUUUCUGUGUUGCUCAACCCACCACCACAACUAAUUAGUAAGGUGUACGCAAGCAAAGCAUGCCAAUUCCUUACGAGUUAAGCACACCAGUGUUAAAGAGCAAACCAACAUUUACAAUUCAAGAGGACUGGUUAUAAUUACCAGCAAAACUCAAAUUGUAAAUGUGCUGAACUAGAAACUAAUUGUAAUGUUUUGUUUACAUGAUAAACCUUACUAUUUGGCUGUGCUGAUCUAUAUUUAUGCCAUCUAACACAAACCUAUUGGGUCAGGAAAGCUGAGACAUAACUGUGCACUAACACUCAGGUUGUAAAAAUUACAAUAUCUUCCCCCACAAGUUAACCACACAGCUCUGAUUACUUGCAAGUGUCAAAUCGUUUAAAAUUUACAGCAAUACCACCAUUGAAGGUAUUUAUUUCACAGAACAAGACUUGACCUGAAGUACCUGCACAAACAUGGCCUUAUCCUGCAAGUGGUGCUGAAACCUUAACAGGCUGCAUAAUGCCAAAAGCAGAUCUCUCCAUGGAUUUUGGGAUGUCAAGUCAGCUUAAUAUUGUAAAAAAAUAAUGUACAGUUUGUAGUUGAUUAAAUGUCAUUUUUAGCCACAUUGGUAAUCCUCACAGGAUGCCUGUUUGUCAGUCUCCUUGCACAUUUGGUAUUGGAACGUCUUGUAGACAUGUUUUCUUCAGUUGCUCAUUAAAAUUGACAACGGACCAUA